ACUCGGGCCGGCGCCCCCUCCCCGCGGUGUGCAGCCCGGGGUGGGCACCGUCAGCCCCGGGGCCGGCACAGCCCCGGCCGGGCACGGCUGGGCUGCGGCACCGGCGGGAGGCCCGGACAGACAGACAGACAGACAGACAGGGAGAGGGGCCGCGCUUGCCUGGGUGCUCCUUACGGGGAUUUGAAUGAUAAUAAAGCAUAAGAGAAAAGAAUUUCUGGAGGAGCCUGGACAGAAAAAGAAAAAGGUUAAGGCAAUCAUUAAAAUUGAGGAAGAUGUUCAAACUGUCAUUAAAACUGGGGACAAUGGCCAUCUCAAGAAAAAAACAAAGACAAGGAAAAAGGAGGAUUUAAAAGAUGAGUAUUUAUACAAGUCACAACCAAAGAACAGUAAGAAAAAGAAGAAGAAGAAAGGUGGCUCUGAAUUACUCAGAGAACGUCAUUUAGAAAGCUUUGUGAAUAUAAAGGGUCAUCUGGAUUUACAACUUCAAGAAGAAUCAGAGGAACAAGUUAAAAUACUCAAAAAGAAGAAAAGAAAUGUCCAGUGUCAUUUCUCCUUGGAGAAUAAUGAGAGUAGUGAUGUGGACCUUUCAAAUCAUCACAGAGAUUCUACUAAGAGAAGUGAAUUCUCUUUUAAAAAAAAGAGGAAGAGUACUGCUUUGGAUUUGGAGUUGGAUGGUGAGGUAACAAAGAAAAAAAAGAAGAAACACAGUUUUUCAUUAGAGGACAUCCAGGACAGUGAAAAAAAGCAAUCUGCCAAAGUUUGUAAAAACACCCACAAAUACAUCACACAAGAAGUAGUUUUUAUGGGUGAAAACUAUGGCACAGGUCAUGCCCGGAAUGGUGGGGAGACUUGUGUGAGAAGAAAGAAGAAGGAGAAAAAGAAAGAUAAGUCUGACUGGUUUUUACCACUGACAGAUAAUCAGGACAACGUACAUCAAGGUCCUGGUAGCCCCACUGCAUUAAGUGACUUCAGAAAAAGGAAGAAACAUAAUUCCUGGGAAUUUACAUUGACAAACAGAGAGGAAGAGGACAAAAUUAAGAACUUUGGGUGUAUCAAAGAGAGGAAGAAGAAGAGGAAGAGAAAAGAUACUUCUUCCUCAACCUGUGAAGAGGAUAAGCCAGACUGCAGUCACAGCAUUCCUGAUAGACAUCUCCCAGCACAGCAAGAGGUUGAGCUUGAGGAAGAAGAGCUGUCUGGAAAGAGACACAGGAAGAAUUUCAAGGGUAAGAACGAAGUCAGUAAGAAGAAAAAGAAGAAGACGAAGAAAAAGGAGGAGGAAACAACAUAUUCAGAAGUUUAUUUCAACAAUGGCAGUGCCUCCAAAAGUCAAAAAAUGCUACUAGAAAGCAAUAAAAAGAACAAAGAGAGUGAAAUGGAGCGAGCUCAGUGUGUUGCAGGGGAUGCUGUAGAUGGGGCAUUAUGCAAUAGGAAUCCUGUGCUGCAUGACAGAAAAAGGAAAAAAACGAAAAAAGUACCACCACAGGACUUUACUGAAGAACCAGGUUCAAAAGCAGAUACAAAAAAGAUGACAGAAUCAGCAUGGACUGAGUCACUGGAACAUCUAGAUGGUGUAAUUAUUGUGCGGGAAAAGAAAGGAAACUGUGAUGAAAUUAACAUAGACAAGGUGAGGCGGCAGGCCCUGCAAGAAGAAAUCGAUAGAGAAUCUGGCAAAAUUAAAGCUUUCAGUUCCAAAGUGGGACAGGUACAGCAGCACUCCUGACUGCAGAUCUCAGGUCACACUGUGGAACAAGUUGGUACAAUGCCAGAGUCUGAGAGCUGAGCAGUGAACUCCUUGGCAUUGUACAGUGCUCUAAUUCCCAUCACCAAUCCUCAAAAGCAAUAUUUUCUCUGGAAAAUGAGCCAUCAAAAAUUGCUACAGAAGCAUUUUCUGCUCACUGUGAAAUUCAAGUAAUUUUUGGGCUAUAGAUGCAGCAGUCAGUGAAGUGUAUCUGAUUUCUGGCCUGCAAGAGUUUGCACACAUUCAGCAUCAGGGACACACAUGGAAAGGCAAGUCAGUCCUGUCAUGGCUUCUGCAUCUUUCAUCCACCUCUUGGGAAGACAAUUCCUGAUUCUUUGCUUCUGCAUCCUUCUCAGCCUGGCUCCUGACAGAUUCACAGUAAGGUAGUGGAAACUUGCAGUAGUGCUUAGCCAGGGGUAAGAAGAUUGAGGUGGAAAGCUUUGCUAGUAAUUCAGGCUUCUGUUGCUUUGCAGGACUGCCAGAAUGCCUAGAAAGCUGGAAUAUGCCUCAAACAAAUGCCAGAAACAACUUGUGUAGAUGUAACAUAGUGGGAGGGAGUCUGUGUAUCUCUGGAACUGAAACUGUCUAAUAGUCUCUGAAGUCAUUGAGAAAAAUGACAUCCUUGGCAGAAAAUCUCAGUUCUUUGGCACUGAUCUGUCUCUGUUUAGUAGUAUGCAGAAGAAUAGAAGCUGUGAAAACUAAUUCAUCAGCUCCACAAAGGGUGAGCUGGAAAUGCUUCAGCAAAAGCUGUGUGUAGUGCCUGCCAGCAACUCACUUAAAAACAGAGUUUUGACAAGCCAUAAUUAUAUUUGCAUCUGUGCAGCUGUCCCAUUGCAAAAGGAGGACUUUAUCUGUCGUGUGUGUAUCUGGAUAUGUGCAUGUAUCUGUGUCACACACUGGGCUUGUACAGCAACUUGCCUUUGUGCAAGGUCAAAAGGCUGAAGUAUUAUGGGUAGCUUUCUUUCAAUGCCAGGUAUUCUGGCCUGUGAUAGUGAAUGAUACUCCAGCCUUGCAUUUUUUUUACCUUAAAAUCCCCUGCUGUAGCUUUCCUGAAAUUGUGUAGCAUGCUGUGUGUCAUGUUGGCUGUCUGCUGGAGAAUGACUGUUUCAUGCAAGCUGCAACUGUUCUGUUGGAAGGAUUUCAGGCUGAUACAAACAUACCACUGAAUUCACCUUUUUUAUCCUAUGGUGUAGCCAGCUUCGUCUAUUUAAUUAAAAAUUAGACAUUCUGCCAUCUAGUAUCAUGCCCAGUUUUAAAGAAAAAGUUCUGAGUAGAAAUCCUGCCAAAAAUAUUUAUAAAUGACUGCAUAGCUAAAGCUCAGAAGUCAAAUACAACCUUUAAUAAUGAAGCCUGUUCUUAGGUAACACAAAAGUUCAUGAACUUUGUAAAUCCUAUGGUGUAUCUGGGGUUUUCCACAACAGCUGAAAUUUCAUUUUAGUUUGACAUCCUCAGAAAUGAGCCAGAAUUUGCAGACAGAAGAAGACUCCUAAAGGGGCAGACUAGUUCAAAGAGUACAGUUAAAUACAAAUACUGUAAAUACAAAGAGCACAGCAAACUGCAAGGGAGGGGAGGUUUAGGAGAACUAGACUUAGUCCUGUUGGGUAAGUCCUCUGGUUCUGCAUCCUUGCAAUAUUAGUUGUAAUUAGUGGGAUGAGAAUGCAAAUAUUACUUAAAGCCAAAUUGAACAGUGUCUGCAACUAACAAAACACUGCUGAAAACAGCAGCUCCCUAACUAGGCAGUGGGAAAAUGAAAAGGUAACCCUACAAAGUGAGAGUGAAAAAGGAUUAACUCUGACAGUUUUCUUGGAAUAAGAGAUGCUAUGUGGCUGUUGGAGCUGGGUGAAGAGAGAGCAGAAAGCCAAGAUUCCCAAAGCCAGAAGGAAAGGAGAUUCUCAAAGCACAUUAACCCCUGUCUCCAGGUCAAAUGGCCUGAAAUGCUCAUGAAGGGGCUGUCAGGCAGAGUUAGGUCAGUCUUUCACCACAUCCCUCAAGAGGUACUGCCCAUGGAAUAACAGUUUCCCAGCUCUGUCACCCUGUCAGGCUUUUGUAGCUGUUUCUGUUCUCAUGGUACACAGACAGAAAUUGUCUUCCUUGGUCUUGGUAUUUCUUAAUUUUAGUGUUAACUUUGUU